CUAAAAAUACAGCGACUAACGAGGUAAAAGUUGAAAACCGCGUUCGAAUCCUCUCAAUGCGUACAGUUUCAGUUUGAGUGUAGUCGUCGUGUUGAACGGUGUCCCGGACAGUUUAUAAAUUACCUCUUGAAGUGGGUCAAACCAACAUAAGCAUCGUCAUCAGUAGCAAUCAAGGUUUCUUGGAAAUUUGUUUUAAUUCUGGACGGAAAUGAAAUUCCGAUUCUGCGGUGAUGCCGAUUGCCCGGAUUGGCUUCUGAUGCAAAUCAACACGCUGUCAGCUCUUAGCGUGGAUCAUUUUGAAGAAAUCUGUCUGGCAGUGGCCGAAUCGUUGCAGGGGAACGACUUGGAUUAUGGCAGAAUGAACGAGCUGGGAAAAGAAGCUAAGCUUGAUAUGACUGAUCUGAAAGCGUGUUUAUCGGGGCUUUCGUUUACUCUGAGAUCAGGAACAAAAUACGGUGUCCCGUCACACGAGCUUGGAGCCGAAUUGGAACAGCUCGGCCUGGAACCCGAACACGCUGCAAGGCUUGUUUCCAUCUAUUCAAAAUGCUACAGCGGGCUUCGUCAAGCUGCCCUCAAGUCUGUACUUCGGCGGCCGGCUCCUGAAGAUUUAUCGGCUACUUUAACCCCUGCAGGGUUGAAAGUGAGCUUCCGGCUCGCCGAAUGGCCCGGCAACCCGAGCAACCGACUCGCCAUUAACAUGACUAAGCUGCAGGCCAAUUUGUUACUUCAAGAAUUGAAAACCGUCGCUGACAGAAUGGAUAAAAUAUCCGGAAAGUAAAAUUUCCCCUUAUCCCUCAAUGGAGGAUCAACAAAAUUUCUAACUGUCACUUACUUUAUAUAUUAUUAUUAUUGUAAGUCUAAAAUAUACUGUUAUAAUUAUGUCCCAAUAAAAUUAUUUAUUAAGUGUGA